AUGGCCUCCUCUGCAACACAGCAUUUAAUACCAAAAGAUCCGCCUUCAUAUGAAUCACUAUAUCAAAGUAUACCAUCGCAAUCAUCGUAUUCGGUAGAACAGCAACAACCACAGAGCCAGUCAGCAAAAAUUUCAUAUGCUGUGAAGAGAUACAUCCGUCGACAUUCGCCUUUUCUACAAACCACAACGGCUGCCAUAUUUGUUGCUGCUACUAUCUCAGCGACUGUCAUGCUGCUGCUAUGGCAGCUACAAAAUCUGGCCUCGCCUCAGGAUCCAGAUGGCCCAUGGUUCAACCCUGAAGAAUACUCAACAUCUUGA